CGUAAUCGACCAGACACUAAUUACCCACAACCCACCGCGGUCGUUCUUCAGUGGUAAACAUGGCGGCGAGGGCACCAGCGGCAACCGGCAGGCUUGUUGUCGGCCUCCGUAAAUGGUAUUACAACAUGUGUGGCUUCAACAAGCUCGGAUUGAUGCGGGAUGAUACAAUCUAUGAAGAUUCAGAUGUGAAAGAAGCCCUGAGGAGGAUCCCGGAAGGCGUGUACAACGACAGGAUGUUCAGGAUCAAGAGAGCUCUGGAUCUUUCCAUGAAGCAGCAGAUUCUCCCGAAAGAGCAGUGGACAAAAUAUGAAGAGGAUGUUCAUUACCUGACACCAUAUCUGGAUGAGGUGAUCCGUGAGAGGAAAGAGAGAGAGGAGUGGAUGAAGAAGUAAAUGGUUCCUGAUCCUGUUCAGUUGGUGUGUGGUCGUCCCCUGGUGUAAUAUUUUAAAUGAAAUGUAACCUAUAAGAAACAAUAAUCAUUAAAGAAAUGUACAUUUUGAAAGA